AGUUGCUAUGGUUGCAAAUAUUAUUGUGUACAGAUUGUGUCAUUGUCACUGCAGUAAAUAAAUAUUUCUAGUUUAUUCGUUUCUAGCGUAAAUUAGCAUAAAAUAAAAUGGGUGAAAGGGCUCCGGUGUCCGCUGAAGACACACUAGUUCGUUAUGACAACCCUGUAUUAGUAACUAAGCAGCCGGAGAAAGCUUCGUCACCUCGCGGAGCGACUGCAGCUCAACCGUGUGUGCCGACCGAAGCCAAACGAGAAACAGAGGAGAUCUUGAAUGCUAUCCUACCGCCCAAAGAAUGGGAAGAAGACGGCCAAAUAUGGACUCAAAAGAUAUCAUCGACUCCAGCGACCCGGCUGGACGUGAUCAAUCUUCAGGAGAUGCUGGAUACUCGCCUGCAGCAGCGGCAAGCCAGGGAGACCGGCAUCUGUCCUGUGCGCAGGCAGCUUUACACGCAGUGCUUCGAUGAGCUCAUUCGUCAGGUGACGAUAAACUGUGGUGAACGAGGCCUGCUACUGCUGAGGGUAAGGGAUGAAGCUAGGAUCACGAUGGAAGCUUAUCAAACCCUCUACUGCAGUUCCAUCGCUUUUGGUAUGAGGAAAGCAUUACAGUCAGAGCAAGGCAAAUCGGACCUUAUGGACCAAGUAGCAAAGUUGGAAGCAGAACGUUCAUCGUUAGAGAAGCAGUGCAUGGAGUUGAAACAGAAGACUGAACAGUUGGAGCGUCGAGCGGCCGAGCUCAGGGCAGCCGAAGAGAAACGUCACCAGGAGGAAUUGCUCGCUUUGAAGAAGACCAAUGCCCAACUGAAGGCGCAACUGGAGGGCAUUAUCGCUCCAAAGAAAUAAAGGCAGUGUUUAAAGCAGUAUUAGUUCAAUGUGUUAGUUAUUUAUAAGAUACUUUUGUUGUUCUUAUUAGUAUGAUAACUGUUUAAAUUGUGUUUCAAUAUAUUAUUACAAUUUAUGUCUCCAGC